CCUGAAGGAAUCAUGACCAACGCGAGCUGGGAGAAGAGAUGCGUGAGGAAGUACAAACGGAGAAUGGAUGAUGAAGGCUGUAGCGCCAAGAGACGGAGACUGAUGGGAGAAGAGAGUUUGGACCAGACGGCCUUCUCGGGUCCAAAGGCGACCGAGGCCUGGUCGCAGGACUGGAGCAGUCCAGCACAUUCUGCCCAGCCUGGGCCAGCCACACAGCAAAUGAGGCCGUCCUUCUCUCCGACGUGCGCCCCGCCCACGCCGCUCUCUGCGCCACCCCGGCCGUACGCGGAGACCUCCAGUAUGGAAGUGGAGGCCGCUCAGAGGAGACUGCAGGAGAUUGAGGACAGGAUAACUUUGGAGGAUGAUGAUGAUGAAGAAGAGCUGGAUGUGGAGCCGGCACAGCGCAGGCCGGUGCUGGUGAUGUCAGAUAGCUUGAAGCAGGGCCUGCAGCAAGGCAUCGGGGACAUUCUCCCCCACAAAGUGGCCCAGUCAGUGAGUCGCUCCUGUAUGGAACUGGUGCUCUGGCGCCCCCCAGAGGACACUUUCACACGUCAGCUGAAGGAUUCGCUACAAAGGCAGCGCAAACAGCAGGCAGCAUGCAGGCAGACUCCCACCCCUGUGCCCGGAACAAGCCCCAGUCACGCACCAUCACCCGACCCUCAGCCCACAGACACCAGUGAACUACAGUUUACCCCCAUGUAUGGUAUAACUCCCUCCCUCAGUCCUGGAGAGGAGGAGAUGGAGCUGUGA